UCCCUUCAUUGGUCAAAUCGAAAGUUGUUACGGAAACAGUAGCGGUAUGCAUUGCUUGGCGACGUCAGAGUUACUUGCCCCUGUACUUGUGACCUUGGAUUGCAACAUGGCUGCACGAAGAUUACCAGGGACAUUGCGACUUUUUGGAGUGCGCUACAUGAGCGGAGAAUGGGGAUCCGGUGCAGGCAAGGGAGGUGGAUCAGGCGGCAGUGUCAGAGACGCUGGUGGAAGCUUCGGGAAGAUGGAAGCAGCACAGGAAGAGCAGUACUUCCGCAAACUGCAAAAGGUUCAGCUGGACAAAAUGAAGGACAUGAUGGAGGAUGAGAUCAAAUUUCACUCCAAACAAAUGAAAAUGCACCAGGAAGCCAUUGACAGGCACAAGAAGAAGAUUUCUCAGUUAAAGGAUGCAGGGGAGAAGUAGUUCCGCUGUUGUGAUACAUGCCAGUAAAUAGUAGUAACUACAAUGCUGGACGUAACACUAUCAAAUUCAGGUUCAGUACAACUGAAGUCAUUUCCAUUAACAAGGGAAAUUAAACACAGGGAAAUUCAAUUUUGUAAAUUAUAAGAAAUGAUUAUUGAUAGUACCAGCUGUACAGUUUGAGUCCUGAUUUAAGUGGUAGAUACCCAAGAGUGUGUGUAUUUGUGUACUCCUUGAGGAUGUGUGUAUGACUGCCCAACGUGGCUGUAUGGCAUUACAGAGUUCUGCGCCUCCACCAGGAAACCGUUCGAUAAUAAAAAUCACUGCAAAUUUGA